AUGGCUGAGCUUUCUCAGCGGGUGGAUGAAGUCCUGCAGAAGCAGCACGCGCAGCUCCUGGCCUCCAUGGAGGCUUGGUUGAGCAGGGUGGAGGAGACCCUUGACAAGGGGCGAAUGGGGUUUGUUCCCCUCGCUCUUGGAUUUGGUCCUCCUCAAUUUUCCGAGAUGCUCCAGGUGGAAAACACGACGCAGGAGUCGGGGUCGGUGGAGCUGGCCCUACCGCCUGAGAGGCAGGAAAGCAAGCAAAAGGACACUCCGACGCACUCCGUGUCCACCAAAACUAUGCGAAAGAAUCACGAAUAUGAGAUGGCUCAGGAAGAGGCCACUCGCUUUGAGACUUACAAGCAAUCAGUGACCAAGGAGGUUGCAGUGCCAUCGAGCCCAAGUUGCUGCAGGAAGUGGGCCCAAGCUAUCUCCGGCUCUGCAGCUUUCAAUAUUGUCGUGGCUUUUGUCAUUAUAUCCAACUCAGUCUUCCUGGGAAUGCAGCUGGAGUGGACUGCAAACUCGGGCGACCAUGAUGCUGAUGCAGCUUUUGCUUUCCUUGUUGGCCAUGUUUGCUACGCUGUCAUUUUCACCGUAGAGACGACCAUCCGGUUUGUGGCUUUGGGACCUGAGAAGUUCUUCUGUGGCCCAGACUGUGCAUGGAAUUGGCUGGACAUUUUCAUUGUGGUCCCGGCUUGGGUGGAGCUCGCUGUGGACAUAGGGGGAUCUGCCAGCAACUUCCGGAUCAUACGCGUGUUCCGCGUUACCCGGCUACUGCAGCUCUUCCGGUCCAUACGGCUUAUUCGCUUCAUCAGCGCUUUCCGCGAGCUUGUCUUGUCUGUCAUUGACACCGUUCGCCAGGUAUUCUGGGCCAUGGUUCUCUUGGUCUUAAUGAUAUACAGCUUCGGUAUUUUGUUUACUGACAUGUCUCUCCAGUAUGUGGAAUCGAACCCCGUGGACGAGGAGAUGGAGAAGUACUUUGGGAGUUUGUAUAUCUCCUGCAACACACUUUUCCGGGCCUUGUUGGAAGGAUUUGACUGGGUGGACGCAGCAGAGAGCCUGAAGCCUCUGGGUGCUUUCUGGAUCCAGCUCUUUCAUGUGUACGUCGCUGUGGGUGGCCUAGCGAUCCUAAAUGUAAUCACAGGUGUUUUCGUGAACAGUGCCAUAAAGACGCGCGAGAAGGACCAGGAGACCUUGCUGCGCCACGUGCAAACGUUCAAACAGCUUGUUGGAAACCUAUGGUCGAAGAUUGAUGUCAAUGGUCUGGGGCAAAUUUCAAUCUCAGACUUCGAGGAAUUGUUCCAGAAAGAAGAGAUGAAGGCUUUCUUUGACAAAAUCGAAGUAAGUGCCGUCGAUGCAUGGACGCUUUUCGACAGUUUAGACGCAGAUGGAGACCACCUCGUGAGCUAUGAGGAUUUCACCGAGAGAUGCUUGCAGCUUCAUGGCGCCGCCAGGUCGGUGGAUCUUUUCGCUCUCAAGCAACAAACCGGAAAGCUUUGGGAUCAGCUUCAGGUAGUUGAGGAAUCUCAGCGGGAGGCCGUGAAGCAUUUAGCUUGGCUGAUGCGAGCUGUUGCGUCGCUGCUACCUGAGCAUUGUGAUACAUCAUCUCGAUCCAACGAUGAAGUCAUUACCUGCGAAUUGCGUUGGGCUGAAGCGGACGAAGCGCAGCAUUAA